ACGUACAUGUACAUGUACGUACGUGUACGUGGGGAUGUUGCGGUAUUUGCAAUUGAUUGACGGGAUCUGGUGAAAACCAAACCCCGAUCGUCUAGAGUUCGUCACUGCAGUUGAUGAAGUUAAUUGCAUUUGCCAUCACUUGUGCUGUGUGAGCUCGAAUUUACAAAGGAACUGCCCGGAAAUAUUUUCAGUUCUUCAUCAACAUGUGACUCAUUCAUGGAAUCAUGGCCAAGGCUGAUUAUGAGCUCGAUCCUAAGCAGUACCAGCUGCUUAAAGCAGUAGGCCAAGCCUAUGAUGGGACGGCCACAGUGUACCUAGCCAAGUUCCUACCGUCUCAGUCUUUUGUGGCUGUCAGUAGAACCAACCUGGAUGCUGUCCACGAGGGUUUUUCAGUCCUUCAGCAAGAGUUUUACUUAAUGCGUCUGAUGCAGCAUGAGAACAUCUUGGCGUUCCACCAAGCAUUCAUCACAGAUAAUGAGUUAUGGGUUGUCAUGCCACUCAUGGACCUAGGCUCUGCGAGAGAUAUCCUGGACCAUACUUUCCCUGAUGGAAUGCCAGAGAUGGCCAUCGCGCACAUCAUUAGAGACAUACUGAUGGCACUGGACUACAUACACAGAAUGGGCUAUGUCCACAGGAGCCUGAACGCCAGCCACAUCCUCUUGUCCAAGGCCGGCAAAGUGGCACUGGCCGGCCUGCGCACAGCUGUCGGCAUGAUAAAAGAUGGCAAGUGGCUGAGGGCGGUGCACGACUUCCCCAAGCAGGCUGUCAAGACCUUGCCUUGGCUGGCCCCGGAAGUCUUGGAACAGAACCUUCUCGGCUACGACACCAAGUCAGACAUCUACAGUAUUGGAAUCACGGCCUGUGAACUCGCCAACGGCUGUGUGCCAUUUUGUGAUAUGGUCCCUAUGAAGAUGCUGCUGGAAAAGAUCAAUGGCACCACGCCUAAGCUCCUGGACAGCUCCACAUUACUCAAUGACGUGCACCAGGACGGGUCGGCGGUGUCCGGCAGCAUCAGCAACGACGGGGAAGCAUCGGGGCGCAAGCAGUCAGACCAGAACCCCUUCACCAGGCUCUUUUCGCCGCAGUUCCACCAGUUCAUCGAAGACUGCUUGAGGCAAGAGCCGGCAGACAGGCCCAGCGCUUCUGCACUGCUGAACCACCCCUUCCUCAAGCAAGUCAAGAAACGAACCAGCGAGGCCUUAGCCCCCUUCCUGCAGUCCCUGACAUCGCUCACCGAAAUGCAGGCAGAGGAAGAGCAAGGAGCUGUGGAAGGGCAAGACGGGGACCUGGUGGAGAAGUUCAAGUGCAUGGACAUGGGCGAGAGUUGGGUCUUUGAUUAAAAGGCAACACCAGCUAUCCUUUACGUUGUUGGACUUGACAAGGAUGUCAUUUUCCAUACUUGUAUUUGGAGCAACGUCCUGCAAGUACCUGUUGCUGUUUGUGUUGGACACGACGUGCAUGUACGUGAAGGAAUUCACAUCCACCGAGAUGUCAACUAAGCAUGUAGGAAAGACAGACUACCCAUUCAGUGCAUUGGUUUUUACUGCUCUAUAGAUGUGUAUACAUGUGGAAACUGCAGGCCACUGUAUUUUGGAUUGUGAGAAGUGUGCAAUGACUUUGUACAUGUAAAUAGCGCAUAUUCCCAACAUGUAGAACUCCAAGACAGUGCAUUCAGCAUUCACCUUCGUGUACAUAAAUUGUUGGUUGCUUUACACUUAUGAGUAUGUGUACGUGUACUCAAUAUGUUGACAGAGUAGAAGAAGGGUAAUUACAGUAAACUCCGGCUAAGUCGACAUGGUACAACUCGGCAAAUCGCUCAAGUCGGCAGUCUUACAAUAGGCCAGAUUGUCUCAAAUGCCUGUCCAUUAGAAUUUUUGUUUCUAAGUUGGCUUUUAUGAGUUGUCAUUUCACCUAAGUCGGCAUAUUACUCUCGGUCCCGUUUUCAAAAACAGCACAACAAAUUCCUUUGUGUACAUGUAAGUCGGCAUUUAAAAAAUCCAGCAUUGGCAUUGACUUCCGCGCUGCGGUUGGCAAGCAGUGUCAGUGAAAAGUCACAUUGCAACAUCCGUUUAUUGGCACGGUCCGUGAUGGCUGCAUUGGUGUUUAUGUAGCUUAACAGUUAGGAUAUGUCCCAGCAUUGCAGUGCUUGCACUGCUAUCAUGGACGGAUCCCAGACCUUUCUCUGCCAACACGUGUACAUCUUGAGGAUAUCACAUGUACUUGCCAUGUAAAAUUGUAUGGAUUUUUCCUGC